GACCCAAAUCCAAGUUCAGUUAUGCUUAUCAUUUUUCGUUAAUUUUUCUCAAAGCCACAGGUUCGUUUUACCGCCUGCACCUGGCUAUUUGAGAACCGUUCGUCGCGCCUUCGUUUUAGUGUCUGUCUACUGGUGUUAUCAAAGAACUAGCCGGGUCCCGAUCGGACAGGGACUUGUGAUACGGAUAGUAAAAUGUUCCUCAUCGCAACACUAGUUGCUGCCGCUCUGUUGGGUUCCGUUACGAGCACUCCCAACGUCGCCAGGUAUGACAACGUACGGUUGUACCGGUUUUUCAUCGAAACGGAGGAGCAAGUGCAGAUGCUGCAGAAUCUGGAAAGUAUAAGCGACAGCUAUGCGUUCAUGGGACACGCUCGACAAGUGAACCAAAACCUUACGGUGAUGGUCUCUGCCCACAAGACUGCGGAGAUAACUGAGCUGAUGUCGAGGUACCGGUUGCAGGGCACAGUACUGUUAUAUAACAUGCAAGCGCUGAUUGAUGACGAGCAGAAAUGGAUCAUGCCGAAGAACACCCCGCCAGAGGACUUCAAUUGGUCACACUAUCAACACUUGGACGCGAUUAAUCGCUGGCUGGAUUGGCAGGUAUCCCGACACUCCCAGCUGGAGUUGAUUGAGAUAGGAGCAAGCUAUGAAAAGCGGCCCUUGCGUGGCGUGAAGCUUUUCAGCAAUCCGGCCAACAGUGCCGUCUUUGUCGAAUGUGGCAUUCAUGCCCGUGAAUGGAUUUCGCCGGCUAGCUGCACGUUUAUCCUGAACGAGCUGCUAACCUCUGGCCGCCCGGAAGUGCAGGGACUGACGCAAAACUUCAACUGGAUCAUUUUCCCGGUGGUCAAUCCGGACGGUUACCGGUACACCUUUGAAGGGGACCGGCUGUGGCGCAAAAACACCAAACCGUACGGUGUGUGCCGCGGUGUCGAUCUAAACCGGAACUUCGGCAGCGAUUGGAACGGGCCCGGUGCUAGCUCGGAUCCGUGUCGGUACGAUUUUGCCGGUGGUAGCGAGACCAGCGAGCCGGAGACACAGGCACUCGUGGCAUUCCUGCGUAAUGGGGUGGACCGGUACCGGAUUCGCACCUACUUCUCCAUCCACUCCUUCUCGCAACUUAUCAUGUUCCCUUACGGAUAUACGAGCGAACGGGUGCGCAACUACGACGAUUUGGUCGCCAUCGGGCACGAGGGCGUCGCUGCGAUAAAGGACAAACAUGGCAAGAAGUAUGUGUCCGGUGCGCUAAUCGAAACGAUCUACCCAUCGUCGGGUGGCAGCAGCGAUUGGGUUUACGCAGAGCUGGACGUACCGAUCUCGUACACGUUCGAGCUGCGCGGUGCACCAGACAGCAACAACAUGUUUUUGCUGCCUGCCGACGAAAUUAUUCCAACAGCCGAGGAGCUGCUGGAGGCGUUCAUCGCGAUGCUGCAGAAGGCGACCCAGCUAGGUUAUUACGAGAAUAACUCUGUCAAGGUAGAUCUGUAAAUCACGGCAAGCCUUCUGUUUGGUAUGUCUAGGUGAAGCCGGGGUGCUCACUGUGAGAAGCUUAUCAAACGGCAAGAGAUAAUGAUUAUGUACUCAGCAGAAUUCAUAGGCACACUGAAGAGAGAUAAAUGUGGUAUCAGUGAAAUAAAUAAGACAAUACGACCCAUUUAGAAUGAUGAGCAGCUGCUGAAGCUAUUUAAAUUACUAUUAAAUUAGCGAAACUUUAUUACAUAUCUCAUCCAAAUAGCACGAUGAUUUCGAACUGAACAAUGUCAAGAAUGAAGUAAUGUGAUAUUGAGAAUAGGCGAGGUUGGCUGUGCCUUUGUGUUAAUUUUCGCAAAUAUAAUCUAUCGUCGAUAUGAACAUGCCCUCUUGUACGC